AGCAACAACCUUUAGCCAGAGGAGCUAGCUGGCUAGCGACCAAAAUGGAUUGCCCGAUCGACUGCUUUAUUUUCGUCGGUUUUGUCUCGUUUUUUAACAAGAGGACAUGACAGACGGAUUCGAUGAAAUUUACAAGUUUUGGGACGUUAGGUUGAAGAAAGUUCGCCGUUGGAGUUCGACGAAAAACGGAGAGAGAAACGGGGCAGUCGGUGUUAGCUCGCUGAAACGUUAGCUAGCUUUCGGCUUUGGUGCUCCCAGGGUCUCUUACAUAAAAACAACAGCCGAUCAGCUGCGGUUCACUGGAGCAAAGACUGGCUUCUAGAUCUAUAGCAAGGUUAUAUAUUUGAUGUAUUUGACUUUAUUUUACUGUGCGUUAUUUUAAACUUAACAGUUUGCCUUUUUGAGUUUAUAUUUUAUUUAAGUGAAGAGUUAGCUCGACAGGCCAAACGGAAAUUAAGCUUCUUACUUCCUAAGCGCUAAGGACUUCACCCACCGGCUCUCAAUUACAUAUAAAAUACUGUAUGUUCAUUUCCGUGCUCUCUGAAACAUAAAGUGACAUUGUCUGGAAAGUUUCCAACUGUAGCCGUGAGAUAUAAUCAGACCGCCUCCUUGCUGUAAAGAGAGCGAGAGAGGGCGGAAUUAACAUCAAGUCUCUACCUCGGAGAGCCGGUGUUUGUUGGGAAGGUAACAUCGCUUGCUGUCUUCAUUGGUGGAGAGGUCAUAGUUGAGUAUUUGUGGGACUUUGACGCGGACAAACAACUUACAUGGACGUCCUAUUUUAUUGGGGGUGAGGUCGUAUGACUCGGUAUGAGUCCUAACCUACUUUUAAUGGCCUUUAGUGAAACCAGGCUCGAUUGGACGUUUAGUUUGACAGAAAGCUAGCCUUGCUUUGGGAAAUGAUCUCUAAGCUCCUUUGGGAGUUUGGUCUUCUUUUGCAAGACUAUCAGUAAAACUUUCUGCCGUCCAAGUAUCCGAUUUUCAUUUUUGAAGAUGGAGACGGGAGUCCGAUCCCACCAGGGCGAACUCUUCCUCCAUCCGCUCUCCAACCCUGGAGCUGCGGGUAUCUGCCCUGAGAUGCUGGAGGUGGCAGAGGAAGCAAAUCGAGCUGGUGACUACAGUCUAGCUGUGGAGAUCUACAGCUCCCAGCUCGCAGACCUCCAGCAACCAGACAGAGGCUUGUGUUUGAGGAAAGCGGACUCUUUAGCCAGGGCUGGGAGGAUAUCUGAGGCGCUGGACUCUUACUGCACAGCUGCUAACUUGGGCAAACUGCGCCCGGAUGAGCUGCCCAUCCUGGUAGAAACUAUUGCCCGGACUGUACGUGAGAAAGAGCUGGGCAUCAACGGGACAAUAAAUGGACACGUGAAAGGCAUCAGCAGCGGUGGUGAGGAUGGAGUUGAAAGUGAUGGGGAUGGUGGAGAAGACGAAACGUUGGAUUUGUUUUCAUGUCGCCUCUGCAAGUGCCUCCUCCACGAGCCAACCACCGUGGAGUGUGGACACACUUUCUGCAAACGCUGCCUGGAGGACGAUUCUGUUAAAGACUGUAUACAAUGCAAGCAAAAGUUGCACAAAAAAGAGGGACUACCAAACGGGAGGAGGUUGAAUGUUGUCCUCAGCAGCCUGCUGGAUAAAUUGUUUGCAACUGAAAGCAAAGCUAGGAAAAACUGGAUGGAAGGGGAGCUUUUGUGGAAGAAACAGAGCCUUUCGGAUGCCUUGGAGAAGUAUAAUGCGGCAGUUGAACUAGCGCCCUCUUCAGGCCGUCUCCUGUGUCAGCGGGCCCAGUUGCACAUGGACAUGAGGGAAUUCAGCCAGGCAGUGCAGGAUGCCAGCAGCCUCUGUCGGAUGAAACCUCUAUGGAAGAAGGCUCACUGUUUAAAAGCUACAGCGCUGAGUAAAGCGGGACGUAAUGAUGAGGCCUUGCAGGAAUAUUUCUUAUGUGUGGCUUUAAAGCCUGACUGGACCAAAGUCAAACAAGAGGCCCAGAAGAUCCUCAGUGAGCUCUUCUCCUCCGUGUUUGAGAAUGAAGACAUGCCAACACCACUGCACCCUCUUCAAGGGGGGUUAGCCACCCGCCUCAUUAAACCCCCCGCCUUGCUCAGAUCUUUGAGACCACUCACUCAAAGACCUUGCUCUUCUUCUUCCUCCUCUUCUUCCGCCUCACAGGACUCAGAGUUCAGCGUGACUAAAAGUGCUCCAGCAGAUGAUUCAUCCACCAGACUGUCUGCUGCAUCUUUUGGUAAAUCAGAUGCUGCUGCAGUGGAGGAAACCACCAAGAGCCUGGCUGGCGUUCUGGCUGCACUGCCAGCUCCCCCCGGUGGCCUGAAGAGGAAACACAGUGGGGACGGAUCCUCGGCAGUCUUCAGCACUCCCUCCAAACUUCUCAAACCUGAUGAGAUGUGCAGCUCUCAGGCGGCUGUAAUGUGCGGAGGCCGGGUGUUCCCCACGGAGCUGCUGGACAGCGGAGACAUGGAGUGUUCACUCUGUAUGAGGUUAUUCUAUGAGCCUGUAGCCACUCCCUGUGGUCACACCUUCUGCCUCAAAUGUCUUGAGCGCUGCCUGGACCACAACCCCAACUGCCCUCUCUGCAAAGAGAAUCUGUCUGAGUAUCUGGCCAACAGAGGCUACAACAAAACUGUACUUAUGGAGGAAGUACUACAGCGUUACCUUGGAGACGAGCUGGCAGAGAGGAAGAAAAUCCAUGAAGAGGAGAUGAAGGAGCUGUCCAACCUGAACCAGGAAGUGCCCAUCUUUGUGUGCACCAUGGCCUUCCCCACCAUCCCCUGCCCGCUACACGUGUUUGAGCCUCGCUACCGCCUCAUGAUCCGCCGCUCUAUGGAGACGGGGACCAAGCAGUUCGGCAUGUGUAUAGCUGACGAGCUCAAAGGCUUUGCAGACCACGGCUGCAUGCUGCAGGUGCGGGAUGUGAAGUUCUUUCCAGAUGGUCGCUCUGUAGUUGACACCAUCGGCGUGGCACGGUUUAAGGUCCUCAGCCAUGGCCAGAGAGAUGGCUACAACAUUGCCAAGAUCGAGUACCUGGAAGACAAGAAGGUGGAGGGGGAGGAGCUGACGGAGCUCCUGAAGCUGCACGAUGCUGUGUACGAGCAGGCCAACAGUUGGUUCACCUCCCUGAAAGACAACAUGAAGAGCCAGAUCCUCAGCCACUUUGGGAACCUCCCCAGCAAAGAUGCAGACCCACAGGCCAGUCCCAGUGGUCCAGCCUGGUGCUGGUGGCUCCUUGCUGUCCUUCCUCUGGAGAACCGAGCCCAGCUCACCAUACUCGCCAUGACCUCUUUAAAGGACCGCCUCAUCGCCAUCCGAAGGGUCCUUAUCUUUGUCACGCGCAAGAGGCCGCGAUGAUUGGGCAUCGGCUUGAGCUUCCAUGCAGUUCAGUGAUUCAUUCAUUAGAUGUUGGGUUUUCAUACAUUUAGUUGGACUCAUUCAUUCUAAUUUUUACGCAUUAUGUACUAAAAUCAAGUAAUUCUCUCAUAUCCUUCUGAAUAAUGAGAGAAAAGUGUGUGAGAGUGGCAGGUGGGUCGGGUCUUCCUUGCUCAGUUGCCCCCUCUCACAGGAAAGCCACAACACAGCGUUGAAAUGCUCUCUGCUCGAGCUGUGACCCUUCUGGGGAGAUCUGCCGUCCCUCCAUCAUGAAGGAUCAAAAAAAGCAUGUGUGAGCAAAAAGGUUCAAGAGACAUCCAUUUCUUUUCUACAUGAACAAACCAGUUUUCUCAUGAGCUGAAAAAGAAGGCUGCCUGCUAUGGUGCCAUGUGGCAUCCCAAAUCCAUCACUUACAGUUUGUACAGGUACAGUUCAAACAAAAGCCGACAAAACUGAAAUACGAAGCAAAAAUAAAGACUUGGCAUGACGGCGACACUUUAAAGUGAAUGUACUGGGCUGGUUUUAGGAUGACUUUUUUUCUUUUUCUCAAACAUUUCACUCACUAUCACAUGAGGUCAGAUUCCUGUAUGCUAUCACGCUACAGCUGCUUCAGAAAUCUUCCUGACUGAGCUGAAAUCCAUGCGCAGAAACCUGGAGCACCAAACCUGCUGCCUCACAUCCUGGUGGGCUCGUACCUCAGACAGUGUUCUAAAAAAUGGACUACAACGUGUGACAUCAACUCAACAACAAAAUCUCUGCUGUGUUUGAAAGAAAGACGCGUAAGAUUGAAGACGGGCUAUUGCACAAGUUCGAGUCGCAUUUAGGAACAUGCAGAUAAAAUGCAUCCUCCCAGAUUGACUCGAUCUGGAACUUUCUGUCCUAUUGUAGCAUAUCUCUGGGACUUCAAAUACAGACUUAGUUUUAGGGGUUGAUUGUGUAUUUUUUUUCUGUUUCUCUCUCUGCUAUGCCCUUAAGUGUAAGUGUACGGUGAAAUAUUAAUUUGGGUGAUUUUAUAUGUAUAUCAAUGUAACUCGGAGGCCUUUGUCAUGUUUUAUUUAAGGAGCGUUUCACCCUCGAUCCAUCUCUCAGUGUAUUUACAUGCACAAUGUAGGGCAAUUACAGAGCUAAGUUAGAGUAAGAAGGUAAAAAUAAAAUAAGGUUAUAAGUCAGUCUUUCUCAACUUAACACUGUGUUUCCUUGAGGCCUAAAUACAUGUUAAUCUUUGAUUAUUUAUUUCCUCCCUGAAUUUCAUUGUCUAACCCAGUGUUUUUGCACCAAGUACAAGCAAAUGUUGAAACCUUCAGAUUAUUAGGAGUAUUGUGUCUACCUGCUUCUCAAAAACUUGGUUAUUGUGCAAAAUACAAUGGAUUUUCUUCAAUAAUCCUGCAAACUUCCACAAACCUUAAAUGAAAUUACCAUUUGGAUUUUUCUGCAACUAUUAGGGCUGUUAGAGCCACAAUUUAAUGAGUAGUUACCCAUCCUAGACUUUGUAACAAGGCCUAAAGAAGCAAUAAUGUUUUUUUGCCGUAUUUUAAUGAGGGAUUUAAAAGACUCAAUGAUAUGAGGAAACAGUCUGUUUUGAUGAGAAACACUGAAUGUAACCCUACCUGUGUUUAUUUCUGAUCAAAAAAAAAAUCGGAAAAGGAUUGAUGAAUUAAGUCUGUGACUUAAAGUCUCUGAAAAGGCAUGAAAGGAAAUUGAGUUAUUCCAAAGAGCUAAGAAAUAUGCCAGAAAUAAGCCAGAAAUAAGCCAGAAAUAUGGGGUUUCCUUGACGAUCUGUGCUUGUAGUUGUAUUCUCAUUGGCGUGCAUGUGAAUGCACUGUUUCUCUGUAUAACUCUGUCCUUCCAGAUGUUUGUGACUCCACUGCAGUCAGUCGCUCUCCAUGUGUGGGGUGGGGUUCACAACGUGCUGCAUUUCCCUGGUAUAUUUGUAAAGGGAGAUCUUAUACCUAUUUUUUAUUGCAAAUAAAGAAAAACACGUUCA